AUUUGAAAUUAUCCAAAUCUAAAAAUGGUGUGAGAAAGUAUAAUUUGGCUCAGUUGGGCUCUUCUUAAAUACUCUGCUCUUGCUUUAGUCGCCACUGCAGUAUACUUUACAUACAAACUCUUCUAUGUCCCUUUAGCGUUCAGAAGGAAAUACUCUCAGUAUAAAAAUGUUUAUGUGAAGCCAAAAUUUAUCCCAGUUUUAGGAGAACUAAAGCCAUGCCUUGAUGACAUUAACAAUGGCAGAGCUUUUUAUGAUCAUUUAAAGAAGCAACAAGCCAAAAUGGGUGGUAAAGAUAUCAAGGUUUAUGUCCAAGGAUUUGAACCAAGAAUUAUCAUUGCUUCUAAUAAAGCAGUCAAGGAAGCAGCUGCUUUGAUCCCUUCCAAGAUUGAUAGAGCAGAUAUCCAGGAUAAUUAUAGAUUGAUGAUAGGAGGACUGAAGUUCUCUAGUGGAUCUUUCAACAAUUAUGCAUCCUCUAAAGGUAUCGCAGAAAGAAGAAAGAGCUACUUCAAACUGCUAGGUGUCAAUACUUCCUCCCAACAUAUCCCAGUUAUUCUAAAGAAUGCAGUGCAAAAUUUAGAGAAGAUGAAACAAGAGGAGGAGGUCUUGAUCACUGAGAAAAUUAGCUACAUGACAAAUAAGAUAUUCAUGACGAUCCUUUUCGGUGCGGAUUUAGAGGACUUCUUAGUAGAAAAGCAUGACUACGAAACUUCUGAUGGAACUACUGCAAAAUACAACCUGAUUAAUUUUUUCGGACACUUGCUGACUGCUUAUCAUGUAGAAGGAGCUCAUCCAAUGACAAUGUUCUUUCCAAUUCUUAACAAACUGAAUGUGGUCAAUCCUUGGAAGAGGAACUUCAAAAAUUUAAGCCGGUUCAGAAGCAUAAUGAAAGAGAUGCUUCAUCGUUCCAAAGACAAGAACUCAGUUUGGCACCAGAUAUCCCAGCUGGAGAAGUUUAGCAAAGAUGACAUUUUUAAUGACUUGUUGCUGAUUAUUAUGGGCGGAGGAGACACAAUCUCUCGUAGCUUUGUAUCAAUGCUGUACUUCCUGAAGAAGUAUCCUUCCACCCUCUCUAAGCUGAAACAUGAGCUUGCCCAGCACGGGUUCGUCAAGGGAUGAGAUCUUGACCAGAUGUUCACUAUGGAAAAUAUCCAGAAGUUAGAAUAUCUUUCAUAUGUCAUCAAAGAAGUUUUGAGAAUUGAUGCUCCGAUUUGGACUACGAUGAAUUACUAUGCGUUUAAAGAUGUUGAGAUAUGUGAUGUUCCUAUCCCUAAAGGCACAUUGAUGCUUAUUGAUGUAAUUGGCACUCAUUAUGAUGAAAGUCAAUGGCUUGAUCCUUAUGUGUUUGAGCCAGACAGACACGACCCUAAUUCUGAUUUUGCAAAGAAGUCUAAAGAUUUAGGUAUUGUUCCCAAUGUUUAUUCUAAGAGAGCUUUCGGCCAUGGAUUAAGAGGAUGUCCAGGCCAAGCCUUUGCGAAUCUAGAGCUCAAAGUUCUGGCAGCAUUCUUCAUCCCUCACUUUGACUAUUCAGUACCAGAAGAAUGGUUGAACAAAGAAGGAAUAGGGUUUGCUCUUGGUACAGACUUCAAUUUCAAGCUAAAAAUUGACUAAAUCUCAUUAAUUUCAUCAAUAUUAUCUCUAACA